AUGAAGCUCAUGGCUUGGGGUGCCUUAUCUACAGUGGCCUUCUCGCAGGCCAUGCAGCAGACACUGGCACUGACCAAACCGCCAAAUUUCCUCUUCAUUCUCACGGAUGAUCAGGACCUCCAGCUCAAUUCCCCCGCAUACACGCCACAGAUUUUGAGACACGUCAAAGAGAAGGGUCUUGAGUUCACGAAUCACUUCGUCACCACUUCGCUGUGCUGUCCGUCGCGCGUGAGUCUAUGGACCGGACGACAGGCGCACAACACGAACGUGACGGAUGUGAAGCCACCAUGGGGGGGCUAUCCCAAAUUCGUAUCUCAAGGCUUCAACGACGACUGGUUCCCUGUGUGGCUACAGCAGUCGGGAUACAACACCUUCUACACAGGUAAACUGUUCAACUCGCACAGCGUCACCACAUACAAUGACCCCUUCGUCAAGGGCUUCAACGGCUCUGAUUUCCUACUAGAUCCGCACACGUAUUCCUACUACAAUUCUACCUACCAGCGGAAUCGCGACGCACCGCGGAGCUACCCCGGCCAACACACCACAGACAUCAUCACGGAGAAGGCCCUGGGCUUCCUAGACGACGCGCUGCACGAUGACCGACCGUUCUUCCUGACUGUAGCGCCCAUCGCACCUCACUCGAACAUCGACGCACUGGGAAGGUCAUCUUCAAGUCCAGUUAUCAUGACGGAACCCAUCCCUGCACCGCGCCAUGCGCAUCUCUUCUCAAACGCCACCGUACCUCGCACACCAAACUUCAACCCAACCACACAAAACACAGGAGUCAGCUGGAUAAGCGGCCUACCGCUUCAAAACCAGUCCGUCAUCGACUACGAAGAUCACUUCUACCGCCAGCGACUGCGCGCACUACAAGGCGUCGACGAGCUCGUUGAACGACUCGUGCGCCGCCUCGAAGAUACAAUUGGUAUCGAAAAUACCUACAUCAUCUAUACCUCAGACAAUGGAUUUCACAUCGGUCAGCACCGUCUACCACCAGGGAAAACCACGGGUUUUGAAGAGGACAUCCGCGUUCCCUUCUAUAUUCGCGGUCCGGGCGUCCCUGCGGGAAAAACCCAGGAUAGCGUCUCGACGCACAUCGAUCUGGAAUUGGAUGGUACGCCGAUGUCGGUGAGGGAGCAUUUGCGGGCGAUUAAGCAUGAGCAUGUCACCGUGGAGUUCUGGGGGCAUGGUGUGUUGGAGGGGGAGUUGGCUACCAUUGGGAACGGGUCGACGCAGAUCCCCAAGAAUACAUACAAGUCUACGCGGAUUAUUGGCGAGGGAUAUAAUCUGUACUACUCUGUUUGGUGUACGAACGAGCACGAGCUGUAUGAUCUCUCUACGGAUCCCUAUCAAAUAAACAACCUGUAUACGAAUCACAACGUGACCCAACUUCUGAAUAGACAGCUACCCACCGUCAUCCAUCGGCUCGAUGCACUCUUACUGGUGCUGAAGUCUUGCAAGGGGGAAACCUGCAUUAAGCCAUGGGAUGUGCUGCAUCCGGAUGGAUCGGUGCGGAGUCUGCAGGAUGCGUUGGAUCCGCGCUUCGAUGCGUUUUACGUGGCUCAGCCGAAGUUGUCAUUUGAAACCUGCUUGGAUGGGUAUAUUCUGGGGAAUGAGGGGGAGCAAGUGGGAUUCGAAUAUCGGGAUGGGUUGGAAUGGGAUGCGUGGACUUGA